AGGCAUAUUAACAACUUCACUUAGUCAAAACGGCAACUGUUCAUGGGUCCGGCUUCAUCAGGGCCAUAGCCCAUGACUCAAAGGGACAAUGCAAGUACUUAUAGGCUUUCCUUCAUCACGAAGCUCCAACUAUGAUUAGCAUACCUAAUUGCCUCUCCUUCCAAGUCCCUCAUCAUGAUCCUUUCGUCAGCCCAUGUCGAGACGCGUAUUCCUGCCUUGCGACAGCUGAUCCGCGAUAACGCAUUGGGUGUCCUCACCACCGCUAUCCCCUCAGACAAGCACCCGCACAUCCAAGUCAGCCACAUCCCUUUCAUCCUGGAUGUCCAAGACGAAGGGAGCGACACUGAGCUCGGGGUUCUAAGGGGCCAUAUUGCCAGGCAGAACCCCCAAAGCCAGGCUAUGAUCGAGACGUUAGAAAACAGCGGAUCUAACGUCCUAGAUCAGGAGGUCCUUGUCUUGUUCACGGCAACGUCUCAUCACUAUGUCACGCCAAAGUUCUACACGGAAACAAAGCCUACUACUGCCAAAGUAGUACCCACGUGGAACUACGCUGCCGUCCAGGCCUAUGGCCGAGCCACGGUCCACUACGAUAGCAAAUCUGAAACCUCGUCCAAAUUCCUACAGAAGCAGCUCGAGGACCUCUCUGAGCAAACAGAGACGUCCAUUAUGAACUAUACCGGAAAGGGGGAUCGACCAGGGCCAUGGAAGGCUUCAGAUGCACCGGAACGCUACAUUGAGAUGAUGAAGAAGAAUAUCAUUGGCAUUGAGAUUUCUAUUCAUCGGCUCGAGGGCAAGUUCAAAAUGAGUCAGGAAAUGCGAAAAGGCGAUCGAGACGGUGUGAUACAGGGUUUCGGGAGUAUGGAAUCGGAUGCCUGUCAAGUCAUUGCUACUAUGGUCCAGGAACGCAGUGAUCUCAAGGAAGCACAAAACAAGUAGGAAGAGACACAGUGGCGGUCCGAUGCAGGGAACUAAAACCUUAAACAGUUUUAGGAAGCUAGACUAUAAAAAUUCAACUUGG